CGAGCGGGCACGGGAGGGUGCACGGGAAGGAUUGAACGAUGGACGAUGGCCAAGCUGCGGGAUAUAUUGAGCCGGUCGAAUCGGCGGGCUUCCUGCAAUCGUAAUUCUGCUUCUAGUUCUUCUCUGCGAAGCCCUUCCCAUCCCGAAAGAUACCAGCCAAAAUGUCCUUCCCCCUGCACCGCAACCCGCCUUUCCGCGCUGAGCACCUCGGCUCCCUCAAGCGCCCCCAAUACCUCCUCGACGCGCGCUACAAAGAGCACAAAUCCACCGCCGAGCUCAAGCCCCUCGAAGACAAGGCCAUCAACGACAUCGUGCAGACGCAGAUCGACCUCGGUUUCCGCAGCAUCAGCGAUGGCGAAUACCGGCGCCACAUGUUCUGGGGCACUUUCUGGCCCACGCUGGAAGGCAUGGAGGAGGUGCAGAACCCGCCGAUUGACACGUUCAGGAUGUAUGUCCCGGAUAUUGCCGCGUUUAUGGAGACGGGGCAUAAACCUGGAGAGAGCGUGUAUUGUGUGGGGAAGAUUAGGCAUACGGGAGAGAGCACGUAUGUGGAUCAGGUGGAGUAUUUGAAAGGGAUUCUGCCAAAGGAGCGGUGGGGCGAUAUCAAGUUGACGUUGGCUGCGCCGAAUUGGUAUCAUCUGCGGUAUGUAGAUGGCAAGGCGUAUCCGAAGGACGUGUAUAAGAACGAUAAGGAGUACUUCGCCGAUGUCGCUAAGGCGUACCAAAUCGAGCUUGAUAUCCUGUACAAGGCUGGGCUGAGGAAUGUACAAUUCGAUGACCCGAAUCUAGCGUACUUCUGCUCCGAAAAGAUGAUCGAGGGCUGGAAAAAAGACCCCGCCAAUACCGUCACGGUCGACGAGACUCUCGACAACUACAUCGCCCUCUACAACGACUGCAUCAGCAAAAUCCCCUCUGACAUGCACGUGGGCGUCCACCUCUGCCGUGGAAACUUCGUCAAUUCACGCCACUUCAGCGAAGGCGGCUACGACCGCAUCGCUACCAAGCUCUUCACCACGCUCAACAUGCACACAUACUACCUCGAGUACGACACUCCCCGCGCGGGAGGCUUCGAACCCCUGGCAGACCUGCCCAAAAAUAAGAACGUGAUUUUGGGGGUCAUCACGAGUAAGUUCCCUGAGAUGGAAGAUAAGGAGAAGAUGAAGGAGAGGAUUUGGCAGGCUGCGGAUAUUGUGGCGAAGGGUGGGGGUGAGACGAGGGAGGAGGCGCUGAAGAGGAUGGGAGUUAGUCCGCAGUGUGGGUUUGCGAGUCAUGCCGAGGGGAAUCUGAUUGAUAUUGAGGGGAUGAAGAAGAAACUUGCGCUGGUGAGGCAGAUUGCAGAUGAGGUCUGGCCAGGUGAGCCUUGAGUGGGUUUUUGCACAUUCACCUAGCGCUACUCUAUACAUUUCUCAAGCCCUGAUGGAUAUAUCUACCCCGAAUACCAAAAGCCGGAAUGGCAAAAAGUUCUUACCCACCUUAGAAACUUAGUCUAGUCUCCGACCCAUUCAGUUCACCAUAAGCUUUCAUCACACCAAAACUCAAGCCAUGUCAU